AUGCAAGGAAUCCUCAACUCAGUGGCACCAUCGACCCUGCGAUCAUACACCAAGGCGGUGGCACGCUUCUUGGCCUUCGCUGAGGGACUGGAUGUGCCGGUCCCCUGGCCAGCAUCUCAAGCGACGGUGUUGCAAUACCUGGCCCAUUUGCAUGGUCUGGGCCUUGCUGCUGGGACCAUGCGUAGAGACCUGGCAGCUAUUUCCUUCUUUAGCAAGGCGGGGGGCUUCCCUGAUCCCUGCGACAGUUUCGAGGCUCGCAGAGCCAUGGAAGGGUGGGGUCGGGUCUCUCCACGGGUCCCUGACCAGCGGAGGCCCAUCACCUUGCCCGUCCUACGAGCUAUACUCCGGGAGGUUCCUGACGUUUGCUGGUCCUCGUUCGAGGCGCAGCUUCUCCACACGACCUUCGUUUUGGCCUUUUUUGGGGCCUUCCGGGUGGGGGAGCUGGUGGCCGGGUCCCGCCGGGAUCCCUCAGGCAGGGCCUUAGCCCUCGGGGAUGUCGCACCGUCCAGGCGCAGGGUGGCCAUUACCAUACGGCACUCCAAAACAGACCAGCAGGGCCGAGGGGCCUCGGUCCUACUGCGGUCAGCUCGGGAGAAGGCCAUUUGUCCAGUCCGGGCAGUAUGGUCCUUCUUGGCGGUCCGGCCUCACUCCCCCGGCCCCUUCCUUAUUCACAGGGACGGUUCCCCUCUCACAAGGUACCAGUUCGCGGCCCUCCUGCGGGCGUGUCUACAGGCAGCCGGGUUCCCACCCGAGGAGUUUGCUACCCACUCCUUCCGCAUCGGGGCAGCCACGGUGGCUUCAGUCCUCGGCCUUCCCCCCGCCGCCAUCCAGCGUCUCGGCCGGUGGCGGUCCAGUGCCUUUCGUUCCUACAUUCGCACAGCCCGGGCGCUCACGUGCUGA